GUACAGUAAGGGCCCAGUAUGGCGCCGGGAACUCCGGGAGCGACAGCUGGCACACGGUGAGGGCCGAGACAUGCGGGAUCCGGGCCGGAGGAAGAGGAGGCGGCGGCGGAGGAAGAAGGGCCGGACCUGGGCAGAGGCCGCGAGGACGGUGUUAGAGAAAUAUCACAACACGCCAAUGAGCCACAAGGAGAUUCUCCAGGUGAUCCAGCGAGAAGGACUCAAGGAAAUCAGUGGUACCUCGCCUCUCGCUUGUCUCAAUGCCAUGCUACACACCAACUCCCGUGGAGAAGAGGGCAUGUUCUACAAGGUGCCGGGCCGAAUGGGAGUGUAUACACUGAAGAAAGAGGCAGCGGAUGGAGUGAAAGAUCUUUCUGACGGGUCAGAGGACAGCAGCGAAGGUCAGUCAGACUCCCAGACAUCUGAGCACAGCAGCAGUAGUGGGAGCAGUAGCAGCAGCACCAGCAGAGGCAGUAACAAGGACCAAAGGAGCAGCCAGUGGAGAAGGAAAGUUACAUCUAGACUUUCCCAGCCAUCCUCCCCCCAGUCAGGCUGUCCAUCUCCCACCAUCCCUGCGGGGAAAGUCAUCUCUCCAUCCCAGAAGCACAGCAAGAAGGCUCUCAAACAGGCCCUGAAACAGCAACAGCAAAGAAAGAAACAACAGAGAAGGCCGGGCAUGGCAGUCCCCACCGGACAGAACCUCCUACUCAAAACCGUCAAAACCUCCAACAAUAGCACCCCUUCUCCGAAACAGAGCAACACCCCGGCUUGGCAGUCAAAGAACACUGACGUACAACCCCGAACUCCCCAGAUCUCUCCUUCCAAUCCAUCGCUAGCCGCGAAAGCCAGUGUCUCCAUACAGGGACUUGGGAAGAAGGCACUGCAGCGAUCCGACCGACUCCAGGCCCCAGGGCACCUAAAAAGAACGAAAUGUGCUGAGAUUGACGUGGAGACGCCAGAAUCCAUCUUGGUAAACACCAACCUACGAGCACUGAUAAACAAGCACACCUUCUCACUGCUCCCCAGCGACUGUCAGCAAAGGCUCCUCCUACUCUUACCGGAGGUGGACCGGCCGGCUGGAUCCGACGGCCAAUUGAAACUAAAUAACUCUGCGCUGAAUAACGAGUUCUUUACGUCUGCAUCGCAGAGCUGGAAGGAGCGGCUGGCUGAAGGUGAGCUGACACCUGAGAUGCAGUUACGAAUUCGACAAGACAUGGAGAAAGAGAAGAAAAUGGAGCCGUGGAAGGAACAAUUCUACGAGAGUUACUACGGUGAGAAUUCUGGUCUGAGCCUGGAUGACUUGACUGAGCUGACAGAAGCACCUGAAGAACCCACCGGACCCUCUCAGACUGCUCCGGAUGUUAAAUGCACUAUCGCGGCCUCUCGUCCCGAGCUGGUCAUUGUUAAAUCAGAAUUGGAUGCACCGACAGAUGCAAACGUGGAAGAACGAGACGCUGUGAAGAAGGAAGAAGAAAAGGACAGUCCAGUGAAACCUGAAUCGUCAAAGGAUGAAAAAGCUGCACUGCAUCCAGAGAGCCCGCAGGUGGAUAUGAAUGUAAAAGCGGUAACAAUCUCCUUAAAGCCAUCUGAACCAACUGCAGAAGACAACCUACUCGUUUCUGUCACGGAUCAUAUAGGAGUAACAAAAGAAACACCAUCAUCUUCUGAAGCCAAGGAGAUAAAGAGAAACAUAUCCCCACCACGGAGCAAACCAAAGAGCCCCAGCAUUGUUAAAACCCCCACCUCCAUUAUCAUCAUGAAAGGACUUCACCAGGACUCCAGGGAAGCAGAGUCACGGGUGGAAUCCGGCAACACUGCAGUGCCGAAGAGAAAACUGGACACCGGGGACGAAGUCAUGCGUGGCCCCGAGAAAUACCCACGUCUGAUGGAGCAGCCGCAGACCCAGCAUUCGUUUCGUGCCUUUUGCAGGCCCAACACAGAAUUGUCACUACCAGCGCUGGAACACAAAGUGUCUCCACAAAAGAUUCCACUCUCCGGCUCCCAAAAGCCAUUUCUGUCAAGCCAGGUCUCUCACAGGCCAACAUUUCCAGUUGUCCACACCAGUCCUGGGAGAACCGGAGCCAGGACACUUGCAGAUAUCAAAGCCAAAGCUCAGAUGGCCAGAGCACAAAGAGCGGCGGCCGCCGCGGCUGCUGCAACGUCCGCAGCCUUCGGUGGGUCUGUCCCAGGUCCUGGACCAGGAGGAGGACCAGGUCCCGGUGGUGGAAGGAGAGACCAAGCAGAAAGUUCCACUCAUAACAAACUCGGGGAUAAAGUACUGGACAUGGGAAGUGCUGGAAGCUGGAGAGGUGAAAGGGGAGUUACUUCCUUUACUUCAAACAACCAAAACCUCAUGGAGGCAAAAGUCCCAGGGCAGACACCACCUCACAGUGCAGCAAGAGCACAGCUACUGCAAAAAUCCGGUGUACAACCCAGAAACCCAAUUAUCUAUCCACAGCACAAAUCUUCAGCAUUGCCCCGCAGCUCCAUGCCAGCCUCCGAGAGACUAGGCCAGUGCCCCGCACUCCGCGAUACUCCGGACACGUCAUCCAGCACCACAUGUAAAUCUGGCACAUCAUCUGGAGCUGUAGGAACCAUUGCAGAUACCACAAGUUCUCUCAAGGGUGAACAAACUUUAUUUCCAAUAAACACAGACAUUUUAAAAGUACAUGUAAAGGGACCCCAGGCCGGUGCCACUAAUCCAAUCAAUCCACAUGUUUCUGACCUAAAAAUAAGAAAUGUAUCUUCAUCACUAGCACAAAUAGCCCCAAGUGUGUCUCAGGCAUCACAGCAAGCAGGCACAGCAUCUAUUCCAAAGUCAAACACUGCCACGGUGUGUUCUGCAAUGACAGCACAAACCAUCGAUCUGCCAGAAAAGGGUCAACCUGCAGGUGUCUGCAUGAAUCCUCCCAGCGUACGAGUCACUGGCGGAUCUGGUAAUAGGACAAGCGCUAGUAUUGCAGCUAUUAAUCCACUGGUUACUCAGCUGCUUCAGGGAAAGAGCAUCCCAUUAGAACAGAUACUUCCCAAGCCUCUAACCAAAGUGGGACUUCAGACAGUCCCUCUACCCUCAUCUGAUAAGGAGAUGGCACAGAAUGUCACCACAGUGAGUCCCCAGACAAGCACGGACUUCAGUGAGAAGGUUGAUAUUGACAGACACACAGCAGCACAACAGCUGGAGAGAUUCCUCAGCCACAACCGGCAAUUGCCAUCAGGACAAAGAAUCUGGCAGCUCUUUUCAGGAAUAGAUUCGAGCCGCAGCCAAGGUCAAUGCCAUCAGGACGUUGGCAGUGCCAAUCAAGAGCAGAUUCUCCAGUCCCUGAUCAAAAAGGUUCAGCAGGAGAAUUCAAUGUUCAUAUCAAAUCCAUCUGACUUUUAUUUAAGCCAUCAGGAUUCCCAGAGAGAAAACAUCUCAACCAGUCAAAGAUUCAUGUUUGGAUUUGUUGGUAGACGAACAUCUAAGCCGGCCAUGUCUGGCCACUACUUGCUGAAUAUAUCUACGUACGGUAGAGUUCCAGAGACCUUCAGACGAACUCAUGUUAGCACUGACAGUGGAACGUGUUUACAUGACCCUGAAGCAAGCAUUGAGUUUAUGGAUGAUGAUACUGAGUCUGUUACUGAGAGCGAAGAAGAAGGUGAGUCCGAAGAGAGUUCACACGAGUGUGAGUCCCUUCCUGUUAAAGCAAAUUCUGCCUCCAGAAUGUUAUUUUCUUCUAUGUCUGAAAAGCCUUCUGAUAACAGUGUGUCCACCCAAACCCCAAAAACUGAGGCUCCACCUGCAUUCAGUGUAAAGGAGACUGUGGAUGUUUUAACAAGGGGUAAUAUUUAUGGAGAAUCAAACCUUGCUCGAGAUUUCAUUCAGGCUGCUCAGGCUAAAAUGGUAAAUGUACUGGGGGUAAAGUUUAAGCAGAAUACCUCCGAGCUGUAUAAAAUGCAUGCUGGUUGCACAGAUUCCCAUCACCGCAAUCUGUUGCAGGGUACCAGGUCAUACGGAAACUCCCAGAGUCUUAUUGGAUCUACUUACGGAGGGACAAUUAAUAUCUCCACUUCACAAGAAGGGAUUCACGGUUCCACCAUUCCCGACAAUGGGAGUCUUGGUUCUACAAACUCAGACAAUGUUGUGUCAUUCUCAGUAACUGUGACAACGAUCCCCUCCAGUCACAGCGUCAAUUCUACCGGGCACGAGCCUCCAGUUUCUGUUCAAGCCUUUACGGAGGACAGCGGCUUGGAAACAAACACUAAAUGCUACUGUCGAUUAAAAGCCAUGAUCAUGUGCAAGGGCUGUGGGGCUUUCUGCCACGAUGAUUGCAUAGGCCCCUCCAAACUGUGUGUCUCCUGCCUCGUGGUGCGAUGACGGCCACCCAAGGCUCUCAGCGAAUGGUGUAAGUGCGAGGAAGUUUCCGUGAAAUUAUUGUAACCACUUCCAUGCCAGAAAGGGCAUUGUGCCAACUGGGUCUGGCAUUUAUAAUUUAAAGGAAGAACAUGCAGGGUACGUUUAGUUAUUCGUAUCAGCACUUACUGUUUUUGAAUCAUGACAUACAUUUGCACUCACGAAAUCCUGUAAAUAGUACACGAGUUGCGUGUUUGGAAGAUUUGUGUUUUUAUUGUAGAAUUUUAAUGCCUAACAUCCAAAGAAUGUGGACUUUUUUCCCCUUGUAACAAUAGCAAUACGAUCACAUAUUCCGCUCCCUGUUUAUGUGCGCGUGGAGUUUGAUCUGCACUAGAGUUGGUUUGGGAACUUCUAUUAAAGCAAUAAUCUUUAACCGUGUCCGUGCUGUUGGCAUAUGGAACACGUGUCUUUAAAGCUGCAUUUGUCUUUGGCACAGAAAUGGUUAAAUCACCUGAAAAGCCUUUUCUUCCACGUGAAACGUGGUGUCUUCCCUCCUCUACCUGAUACACGGUAUCUAUGGAAACCAGGGUAUUUACCAUUACAAUAAGACUGUGAUCUGAGCUAAAUCAUUGAUCCAACACAAAGUCCUAUAGAGCAGGGACUAUAACUCCCAGCAUGCUCAUCAUCAAAGGCCACAGGAGUGACAGAAUAAUAUCACAGGCAGCCAAGGUAACUAAUGCCAGCCCCAAUUAACAAUAACUGUUAAUGCUACCAGUUUAUUGACAGAACCUGAAGUGUCCACAGAGAAGCCACGCUCAUUAGUCUCAUACUGCUGUUCUAGAACAAGACUCCCCUCCAUAACUUCCCACGAUGCCCUAACCCCUGCGAGUCCACCACUAUGAUAUCAAAGGUAACAGCGGGUGAUAGGUCAGUGGUUAGUGCUCUAGAUUCAGUGUCUCUAGUGCUGUUCACCUGAUAUACCCGAGAUAUACUUGGUAGCACUAGAUACAUUUCAGAUUACUAUUUUUGAUCCUUUGUAACUAUUCACUGAUUCUUUCUGUUGCAUCCCACCUUUAUUCCUUGUCCUGACAGCUUACAAUUAGAAAUUUACCUUUUAACCCCGUCAGUGUAUGCUCUGUUUUCCUGGAGGCACAGGACCGUAACAUGGCGAGGGGCGUCCCCUUUAUUUAAGGAGAUGGCUUACUCCCCAUUGACUUGGGUAUUUAUUGUGAGAUGGAGUAUAAUUACAAUAAGGGACUCAGAACCUCCACUGUGUGAAACAAUAAAUCUAAUAAUAUAUUAGUAAAUGGCUUUACAGAUAUUCCCAGAUAAGGACACUAUUUAUUAUAUUAUGAUUUCUAAGGAUAAUGGAAAUACAUGUAUACUGUGCACAGUGAGGACACUUGGCCUCAGCAGAAAAUAAGGUACACGUUAAAAGGUACACACAUUAUUGGGGUCCUUACAGUGACUCUCCGGUACCGUUCCAGAAUCAUAAUGCUUUUAUCUAUCUAUGCAUUUACACAAACAGAGCAAGCCUUGCUGCUAAGGCUAAGUCCUGUAAUAUUGCAGUUUGCCAACCUUGGCCAUGGCAG